AUGGAUUUUUCGAGACCCUAUGGCGGAGUCAGUCGAGCCCGGCGCACAUUCGGUCACACGGCCAAGGUGUUCAAGCAUUUCCUUAAGGCGGUCCAGAAAUUCCCCGAAUAUCUCUUUGGGCUGGCCAGGGGCACCAGAGAACUCGAAGAGGCAAUCCCCGAUCCGAAGGCGCCGGAGGAAUUCGAGAAGAACCUUGAUCUGAUUACCAAGCGCAGUGGUCUCGACCAGUGGUAUAAGCCUGGGAAUAGCCUCUUGAAGAGUGUCGCCAAAGAAGCCGCCAGGCUGAGAAAUGAUCCGAAUAACCAUCUCAAUUCGCCAGAACAGAUCGGGGCACUCAUAAAUGUCGCCUUGUAUAAGCUCGUUUUAUACUGCGACGACAGUCAAUCAAUGACCGGUCCGUCAGCUGUUCAAGGAAAAACACGGAUGCAGGCUCAGAGUGAUCUUGUGAACAAGAUUGCUGAAAUAGCUACUCGAGCCCUUCCAGAAGACAUGAGGCGGGUUCAUCUACAAUUCAUCAACCGGACUCAGCAACUUGAUGAUAUUAAAGCGAGCGAGCUGCCUGGAAAGAUGAACUUUACGCCAUACGGGGCCACUCAACUGGGUACAUCAUUGAAGAAUCGAAUUUUGAGUCCGCUUGUUUAUAAUGUGCUGAACGAAGAAAAGCCCCUUCUUCGCCCUUAUCUCAUUCUUACCAUUACAGAUGGGUCACCAAAUCAGGAAGACCACCAUACAUUCCGGACCGCCAUUCAGGAAGCAAAGAAUCAUGUGACUAAUAAGGGUUACGAUGAAGCAGAGCAUUUGGAUGCCCAGUUCAAUGCCCUUCGUGGUAGUGACGCAGAGCUUGAAAAUUGGUUGCUUGACAAGCUGAAAGGGCCGAUCAAGUUUAGGGAUGAUUCCAAGAAGGACAAGUAG